UCGGUUUAUUCAAUACAAUAACGCCGACUGACGUACGCAUGCGCAGGGGACACUCGGUUGUGAAAUUCGAACAUGCUGAUCGUGUGUUAAUUUUUAACGGCUUUUAAAAAUUUAACUUUCUGGAAUAAACAUAGGUUUUGCUUGGGAUUUUAAUACUGUGUUUUUAUGGAUCCAAGGACUGCUUGGUAUCAACCGGAACAAACUGGCUUGGCACACGAUAUAUGGACGAGCAUUAUAGAGUCUGUGAUAGGCGUGGACAACAUGUCAUUUAACAAUCCUAAUCUAGACCAAACGAAUAAAGACUUCAUUCCGCUAGACUUUCCGAAGAAUUUGAACCAAAGAAUUUGUGACAAAAACGAACAAAACAGUUUGAAGAACUGUCAAAACCUACAUAUAUGUAAAAGAAAGCGAGAAAACAAGGCAAGCACUUACGGUUUCAAUCGGUUAAUUUACAAACAUUAUUUAAGUGAUGGAUGCCUCACGCCUUGGAUACCCCAAGGAAAAUUGUACCACCAACCGGCAGUUAUUUGGCUGCAUGAAGAGAUCAAGGACUUCUACCAGUACAUGUCACAUACGGCAGAGGAACAGGCCAUGAGGCAGGAUGUGGUCAACAGGAUCACCGACGUCAUCAAGGAACUCUGGGACUCAGCUGAGGUUGAGAUUUUUGGAAGCUUCAAAACAGGGCUAUAUCUGCCAACAAGUGACAUAGAUCUGGUGGUGAAUGGCAAGUGGGCCAAGCCUCCACUGUUUACACUGGAGGAGGCUCUGCUACGGAAGGGCAUUACUGACAAAGAGAGUAUCAAAGUCCUCGACAAGGCUUCAGUUCCCAUUGUAAAACUGACGGACUCAAAGACAGAGAUCAGAGUGGACAUCAGCUUCAAUGUGCCCACAGGAACCAAGAGUGCUAUUCUUAUAAUGGAGUUCAUGAAGGACUACCCGGUGCUAAAGUACCUGGUCCUGGUGCUCAAACAGUUCCUGCUUCAGAGAGAUCUCAAUGAGGUGUUCACCGGGGGAAUCUCAUCCUAUAGUCUCAUCCUGCUCACCAUCAGCUUUCUACAGCUUCAUCCACGUGAGGAUGCCCGUAACCCAAACUUGAACAUGGGCGUGCUGCUGGUGGAGUUCUUUGAGCUGUACGGGCGCCACUUUAACUACCUGAACACGGGCAUCAGCGUGAAAGAUGGGGGCCGAUACAGGCCUAAGGAUGACAUCUGCAAGCACAUGUACAAUGGGCAUCGGCCUGCCUUCCUGUGUAUAGAGGAUCCCCUGACACCUGGUAAUGAUAUAGGUCGCAGUUCGUACGGGGUCAUGCAGGUGAUCAAGUCCUUUGAGUACGCUUACUCAGUUCUGAGCUACGCGUUGGCUCCACACAAUGCUUGCGUCAUCAAGGGACACCAAAGUAUUUUGGGUCGGAUCGUUCGUGUGACUCCAGAGGUGGUGGAUUAUCGUCGUUGGAUACAGGAGACCUUUCCAGUGACCAAAGAUUCCUCCCCUUCCAGUGUGCCAGGCCCUGUGUGCAGAACAUACGCCAAUGUGGCAACCUCUACCUCUAAAUCGCGGUCGGAGUGUGGGGAUGACAACAAUAAUAAGCCCGUUCUCUUGGUAUUGGAAGAGAAGAAGUGCAGUGUGGAUGAUAACUCAGACUCGAGUGGGAACAGCUCCGUGUGUCGAUCCACCUCAUCAUCAUCACGGGGCUCUUCAGCAAUCUCCAGCCCCAGUGAAUCUGACUCGGAAGUAGAAAUUCAAGUGAAAGAAAAGACGCGUAAUCUUAGUGGUGGUAACAAGCAUCCACGCACCACCAUCGUAUCCAAGGAGUUCCACAACAGCAGGGAUCCCCAGAAAUCUCCAAUCUCCGUAGCAACCCCCAAGGGGCGGGACAGCAGUGCCAGCAGUGUUUCAUCGACCCGAUCCAAUCCUCCGAAUGCCAGCCAGAGACCCAUAUCUGUGAUCCAUGGGAGCAACAAUGGUCACCAUUACUUUGAACAUAAUCAGAGGCGAAAUAAUGAGCCCAAUGGGGGUCAGUGGGGGAGGGAGGUGGGACAGCAGAGAUCUCAACAUUGGUAUGGCAAGCAAUCCUAUCACCACAAGUCUCAAACCUACACUAGUCAUAGUCAUAAUCACCAAGGGGGCCCAGUGAAGUCCUCAAGGAACCCUAAGUCUAGGGCUCGAAGAAACAGCAAUUCAAAAUCUCCCAAAGACAGUCAGAAACGUCCUAGCAAUUCUAGUAAUUCUACCAAUGCCUCAGAAGUGUCAAGGUAACAACUGCUUUUUGCCCCCGAACUGUGGGGUGCAUGUGGAACAUGUUUCAAAAGCUGUGACUUGAGAGUGUGUGAAAAAUCAUCAAAAUUGAAGAUCUUAUAUUUAUGCAAAGAUUUCUGUCAUUUCUCCUCUCAUGCAUGUCUCCUAAGUUAUGUAUACAUUGUGAGUGACUUAUGUGAUAAUGUAAGAAGACAUGUAUAUAUUUAUUGUGAUAUUUUAUGUUAAGUAGUAAGACUUAAUCUUGUGAGAUUAAACAGCAACACUAAAAAAAUGUUGGGCCGGGUUUGAUCGAAGUUGUGUUGUUGUUUUUAAAAAAGUGCAUUCAGGGUGCAGAAUCAACAGGGUUUUCAGGGGUUUACACACGGGCUUGACUGAAUGCAAUCACACUGUUAAGAACUUAAUUUUUGCAAAAAUCUCAAGUUAUUGAAAUAGAUUAGCAAAAAUCUAUAGUGCAUAAAAGACAGUUUGUGCCGAUAUCUUAAGGUAUAAGAAUAAAUCCUUGAAGACUUCUGAAAUCUGUGACAAAAUUCUCCGUUGCCUGAAACAUAACCAGCCAUUAACCGUGUACAACGUAUGCAGUAAAAAAAGAAAUUUUUGAACAAGAACAUAUGCUUAAUAAAUACAGUAAUUCUGAUGUAUUUCAAAAUGCCAUGAGCAGCAUAAAAUCUGUCUUUUAUGCACUAGUUUAAAUCCUUAAGAAAACUUCACAAGUUAUUUGAAAUAAAGCACCACUUACCGUCGUGUUAAAUCCUAUAAAGUUAAAAAGUGGAACCCCAUAAAGUCACGUGAUCCUGCACCCUGACAUUGAAGCUGCUGUAUGAUUGAUCAGUAUUCAUUUUUAUGCAAAGAAAACAGCAACAACAAAAGAUAACAAAUUGCGUCUGUUUGAUUAUUUGGCAACUCAAGGGUUAGAACAAGCUAUGUAAAUUUAAGGGCGAGAACAUGUGCAAUAAAGGAGCAUAUUAGUACGUUUUAAUUUACAAUUGGAUGAUUGGAAUAUGUAUCCUUUAAUUUGAUCGGUAAGAAACAAACAUAAUUGGAUUAAGUGAUUGGUUAAUAUCGGUGUUAUUAAUAGUAUCAUAUUUGGUUACAGACGGCCUUUCAAAAGCCUGAAAUAGUGUAGAUCUUUUUAUAUGUGCUCUAUAUCAUCAUGUAUUUCUCUUGAUAUGGGAGGAUUUUUAUUGGCUGAAAAUAAAUAAUUUUGAAUUGGAAAUGAAAUAAGAAAAUCUCUCCCUUAACCCAUUUAUGCCUAGUGUCUAGAAAAAAGGCCUUGGCAAACAGCGUAGACCCAGAUGAGACUCAGCAUAAUGCGGCGUAUAUCAGGGUCUGCGCCGAAUGCUUAAAGGAAUUUCUUUAAGAUAUUUUCUAAAUAUAGAAAUAAAUAUACUAGACAUCCCUAAUUUUGAAAUUAAUUGAUCCAAUUUAGAAGGAUGGGAGAGUCCACUAGGCAUAGAUGGGUUAAUUUCCUUACUCAAAGUUUGAUUGUCAAACAAUAAUUACUCGUGUCUGAAAUGUUUUAAAUACUUAUCGUAAUUAAAAUUAAUUUAUGUUAUGUAUUUAAGAUAUUAUAUUCUUAUUCUAUUUUAAUCCUUUGAUUGUAACAAGGUGGUAGUUUUGUAAGUCUUACGUGGUAUUCAUUUUUACAUUUUAUUAGCCAUGUUUUAUGCCAGAUUAUGAAGGGAAAAAGUAAUGGAGCAAAAUCGUGUUUGAUUGGGUAGCUUAAAGUAAUUUGUUACAUUAUAUCAUGCAAGAGAUAUAUUUACAGGUCCAGUAUUAAUAUUAAGGGUCAAAAUUCAUGAAAAUAUUGUUAAAGCAGGUAAUAUUAUAACCAUGCAUAAAACAGGAUUGUUUUUGGUAGUUUUUUUAACACAACAGUAUCAUCUUUUUCUUGUUUUCCGAAACUAAAACUAGUUAGUGAACUUUCUUAUUUUCAGCAAAUAAUAGAGCUAUUUUAUUUUGUUAUUGUCAUCAUUUUAGUAUUAAGUAUUUUAAAAUGAAUGAUAUUUUAGGACUUUGAAUGGCACUGAAGACGAUGCUUUGUGUUAGUUUGUACAAAAAAGUCCCGUUUUCUUAAAAUGUAUUGUUUCAUAAUCUUAUAGCGUAGAAGUUUAACAAAUAUACAUGUAUUUGAAGGUCAUACACAAUUCUAAUAUAUUUAAAAUGUGCUUUUUAUUUGGUAGUUAUGUUUCCCUUGUAAACUAAAAGAAUUCAUGUUAUUAUAUAGACCAUCAAAAAGUGUAUUAAGAUUAUUUUUUGGCUUUUUAGAAAAACAGUUGUUUAGAUCAACAAAAUAAAUUGUGUAAAUAUUUUGUACAUUGUUAUCCAUUUGUAUUAUUUGCUGUUUUGUCUGGUUGCAUCAGUGCAUACUUUUAUGUUCUCAUAUUUUAAUAUGUACAUUUUUCAUUUGUUUCAUAAUCAUUUAGUGACAUUGAAAUUCCAUAAGCAUAAUCUUUGUCAUGCUUAAGAGUGUGAAAUAAUAUUCCAUAAAAAGUUAUAAAAUCAGAAAAUACAAAAAUAGUAUAAAAUCAGGUUCAUAUUAAGUUUCUAUUGUGCCACAGAUCAUGAACUAUUGUACACAAUAUUCUUUGGGUUUGUAUGAAGAUUUGGAUGAACAACUUGUAUGUUCAAGGUGAUUUUGUUUUACAGUUUUAUGGAUGCUUAUGAUUUAUAUUUGUAUGUGAUUUUUUUAAUUAUACCAGAAUUUAGUGUGGUUUAUAUAUACAUGUUUACAAUUUGAUCAUGGCAAGUAUUAGCAUGCUUGAAUUGUAUUUAACUUUUUACGUCCAGAUAAGAUACACCAGUUUGCUUAAUUGUAAACUAGUUUGAAAACGUUCUUGAAAUAAAACAAAAUGUGUAAUUUAACAAAGUAUAGAGCAAAACUGUAUUUAUGUCAUGGUCUAUAUUCACACUGCUCCUUAGUGAGAAAUAAAUUAAUAAAUUGUGAGAAGUCUGUUGACAAUGCAUGUUACUCCUUGCACAAUGACGUCCGGGUGAGUUGUAUAACGGUUUCAUGGUGCCUGUUUGGCUAUCGUCAUUGUCUGAUGGUUGAAUUUCUUUCCAAAGCAUGUCUUGACAGCAUAUAUUGUGGGUAUUUUAGACACAAAAAUGAAAGUUCUUAUGUAAAGCUUUUUUUAGGGUUUAAACUUGGAAAUAAAUGACCAGAUAGAUGUUCAUUCUUAAUAUUUUUCAUUGACAGAGUAGUGAUUUUUUAAGGAAAAUCUAUAUCAACAUUUCUCAUUGUUAAUGCUGACCAACCAUUGAAGGUUUGCCUAAUAGCUUAGUGAUAACAUGCCACAUGUACUGUAUGUAAGUUGUCUGUAUUAUUGGUAUUAUGACAAACGAGAUAUGGAUUGAAUGCUUGAUUGCGAAAAGAUGUUGUUAAACUGCUAAGAAAUGAUUUAGAUUGUAUUAUAUAUGUGUUUGAUUUUCAGUACAUUAAGUACAUUAAACAAAUUCUGCAAGAUAAUAUGGUGCCCUGUCACAUGUGUUAAAGUUUGUGACAUACAUCUUGGUAUAUACAGCACUUCUGUGCAAUAUUAAGAAUGUGCAACUGUUCACUGGGUGCGUCGUUAUUAUUUUCUAUUCAUCCAUGAUUUUGUUAUAUGUAUGAUCAUGGUCGUCAUAUACCCACAUAAGCCAUUCUUUAUACCUAGUCAUAUCAUUGAGAACCAUCACAUCAAAGGGAAGGUUGGUAACAUUGUAUGCUCUGCCCAUCAAAAUGUUUUGCUUUUAUUAAAAUAAAAUCUAUUUAAUGUGUGCUUUUUUUCCAGACUUACAACCUUUUGUACUUUUUGUGAAUCUUAUUUUUUUAUAAAACUUAGCGUCAGUUUAAAGUUACAAUGAUGGAUAUUUAACCAAUGCCAAAUGUAAAAAAGAGACAACUUGUUCUUGUACAUUCAUGUCUAUAAGAUAAGAAUAAAAUAAUGGUUAUUAUUUGCAUUUAUUUGUUAUAAGCCAAAGAUUCCACUUGUGUUCUAUUGUAUUUCUUUGUAAGAAAAAUAUUUUUGCUAUUUUUAGCUCACCUGCCACGAAGUGACAUGGUGAGCUUAUGUGACCGCGUGAUGUCCGGCGUCCGUUUUGUGUGCGUCCGUCAACAAUUUGUUUGUGUAGACAGUGGAGGGCACAGUUUUCAUUCAAUCUUUAUGAAAUUUGGUCAGAAUGUUUAUCUUGAUGUAUUGAUGGGUCAUCUGGGGUGAAAAACUAGGUCACUAGGUCAAAAACUAGGUCACAUAAUAGGUGAAAUAAUAGAAAAACCUUAUGUAGACAAUAGAGGUCGCAGUUUUCAUCCAAUCUUUAUGAAAUUUGGUCAGAAUGUUUAUCUUGAUGAAAUCUGGGUUGGGAUUGUAUUUGGGUCAUCUGGGGCCAAAACUAGGUAAAAAACUAGGUCAAAUAAUAGAAAAACCUUGUGUAGACAGUAGAGGUCACAAUUUUCAUCCAAUCUUUAUGAAAUUUGGUCAGAAUGUUUAUCUGGAUGAAAGCUGGGUUGGGAUUGUAUUUGGGUCAUCUGGGGUCAAAAACUAGGUCACAAGGUUAAAAAACUAGAUCAAAUAGUAGAAAAUCCUUGUGUAGACAGUAGAGGUCACAGUUUUCAUCCAAUCUUUAUGAAAUUUGGUCAGAAUGUUUAUCUUGAUAAAGUCUGGGUUGGGAUUGUAUUUGGGUCAUUUGGGGUCAAAAACUAGGUCACUAGGUCAAAAACUAGGUCAAAUAAUAGAAAAACCUUGUGUAGACAUUUGAGGUCGCAGUUUUCAUCCAAUCUUUAUGAAUUUUGGUCAGAAUGUUUAUCUUGAUGAAAUCUGAGUUGGGAUUGUAUUUGGGUCAUCUGAGGGCAAAAACUAGGUCACUAGGUCAAAUAAUAGAAAAACCGUCAACAAUUGUUUGUGUAGACAGUAGAGGUCACAGUUUUCAUCCAGUCUUUAUGAAAUUUGGUCAUAAUGUUUAUCUUGAUGAAAUCUAGGUUGGGAUUGUAUUUGGGUCAUCUGGGGUAAAAAACUAGGUCACUAGGUCAAAAACUAGGUCACUAGGUCAAAUAAUAGAAAAACCUUGUAUAUACAAUAGAGCUCACAGUUUUCAUCCAAUCUUUAUGAAAUUUAGUCAGAAUGUUUAUCUUGAUGAAAUCUGGGUAGGGAUUGUAUUUGGGUCAUCUGGGGUCAAAAACUAGGUCACUAGGUCAAAUAAUAGAAAAACCUUGUGUAGACAAUAGAGGUCACAGUUUUCAUCCAAUCUUUAUAAAAUUUGAUCAGAAUGUUUAUCUUGAUGAAAUCUGGGUUGGGAUUGUAUUUGGGUCAUCUGGGGUCAAAAAGUAGGUCACUAGGUCAAAUAAUAGAAAACCUUGUGUAGACAAUAGAGGUCACAGUUUUCAUCUAAUCUUUUUGAAAUUUGGUCAGAAUGUUUAUCUUGAUGAAAUCUGGGUUGGGAUUGUAUUUGGUUAGUCAGGUGUGCGAUUUAGGGCCAUCAUGGCCGUCUUGUUUAUUAUUUAUCUGAAUCAUACUUCAAAAUGGUCAACUCCUAUUAAUUCACCUUAAAUAAGUAGAUUUAUGAAAGGUUUUUCCCAAUUUCAAGCAUUCUUAAAAUGACAUGUAUAAUUAAUAACUUAUUUUUGACUAUAUUGGUUAAAAAAGUAUAUGUUAAAAAAGCGUUCAUUUUUCUUACAGAACUUUUACCAGGUGUUUAUUUAUCAAUAUUUUAUACUGCAAAAGGUACUUUUAUCAGUACAUUGAAUACUGUUGAAUACUUUUUUGUGUUUCUCUCAAGUGUAGGACAAUUUGCAAUGCUAUAGAAAUGAAGGUUCAGGGUCAUAUUGAUUAUACCUUAAACCAGUCAUUCUACUAUUUGAGUAAUAAGUAUUAAUUUUUAUUGUGAAUAGGGUGCAAUCUAAUAUAAAACUGCGCAAAGGUAAUCUUUAAUGUAAUUUGUUCACACUAAGUAGGCUUGACUGUUUGUAAAACAAUCAUGUGCAUGACCAGCAACUAUAAUUCCAGGCAUUUUGUUAAAUUAUGUCCCACCUAUUCAUUAUGUUCUAUAGAAUAUGACAUCACAAUUUGUUAUGCUUGUAUUUUCUCAAUAUUUUUUUCCUCUUGAUUAUUUUUAGAUAUUACAAAAAUGGCAUUUACUUUCUUAUCAUACAUAAUAAAUUAUGUGCUCUAAUUAAUAUUUGGUGCAUGUUUGGAAACAAAUCAUACUCAUCGCAAAUAUUGUGUAACAUUAAAUAAAGGAGUAUUGUUUUCACUCGUAUUUAUAUAAAAGGGAAAUAAUUUAGGGUAUUUUAUUAUACAUUUCUUCAUCCCAAUGUUUAACUGAUGUAUGUGUAAUGUUUGUACAUGUAUAAUUCGCCAAUUGUUAAUUGAAUCAAAUGUUCAACAUGUUAAAUGUAAUGUAAUUAAUGAAUAAAAACAAUAAAAAAAGCAUUGGUAAUAAAAAAUAAAAAUGA